GAGAGAGAAGAUCACCAGGGGACAGAGUGAGUAAGCAGUGAGGGCUGGAGGGAAGGAGAUCAGAGAGAAAAAAAGAAGGAAAGAGGAGCUAAGGAAAAGACAGAUGCUAUAGCUGGUCUUUUUGCCUACUGACGCCUGAGCUGGGCUCAUCUCUGCGUGUGUGUGACGUGCAUGGGGGUAUGUGUGUGUGCUUGUGACGGCAGCCGCGGCAGGAGCAGCAGCAGCAGGGGAGGACGGAUCAAAGAGAUUGUAGGACACGAUGCAUUUAGCUGCCUAACGUCUCUGCGCACACACCCCAGCUGGCUAAACGAGAACACAUUCAUACUACGCGCAUCCUCACGCAGCCCACCCCACACACACACCACGCGUGUGUGGGGACAGUACAGAUGAGGCAACCACCAAAGGGAGGUGUGGAUCUUUCCAGAAGCGUUUGGUAGGGGGAGAAGACAGCCUCGGUGGCCGUAGCCCAGCAGGAGCGGUCGUAGGUGGGGAAGGGUCAAACCGCCGACCAUUACCUUCAGUUUUCUUCAGAGCUCUAGAAACGCCAAAAGAUGGACACGUCCUUCAUCUUUCUCUUCCUCACGCCAGUGUGUGUUUCCUCCGUGCUGCGUUGCUGUCGCCGGGCUUGUCUCUCAGCCGCAGGGGGGUUCGAUAUCGUGCGGUGUUGAGAAACGCACACACAGAACACACCUGGAGAUCAGCUGUUCCGGGAGAGAAGAUUCACUGAUACCUCUCUCUGCUGUGCUGAAGGAUGGAUUCAGGGGAGGACGAGUGCACACAUUUCCUGCAGUACGUGGAGGACAGCGGUCUGAGGGCGUAUGACGAGCUGGUUAUCCAGAACGCCUCUGACAUCGCCCGAGAGAGCGACCGCGUCCGUAACCACGCACAGUGGACAUACCUACAGGAGAAAAACCAGAAGAAGAGACGGCAGGAGGAAGCUAUCAAGAGGAUUGGCGAGGAUGUGGCCCGUGUGACGGAGGGAGGGGGAUACGCAGGCAAACACUUUCGUAUGGGCUUCAUGACGAUGCCAGCUCCUCAGGACCGCGGCCCUCCCCCCUGUGGGCCAGGCUUCACCGUCCGCUCACAGUCUCUGCACUCAGUGGGAGGGGGAGAAGAGGAGGGGAGUCCCACCUCGAGAAAACAGCCCCCGCCCAAACCCAGACGAGAUCCCAACACCAAACUCAGCACCUCCUCUGAGACCGUCAACACUGGGCUCAGCACGGGGAAGAGCGGGAAGGAAACAGACAAAUGUGACGCAUCUAAAUCCCGCCCCUGCAGUGAGGAGUACCGUCGCAUGCCUCCACCCAAACCCAAACGUAACCCCAACACCCAACUCAGCACAUCCUUUGACGAGUCUUACAUCCAAAACCAUGGCAGCAAGGCUAAGUCCGCCUCUCUGCCGCGGCAACACAAAAAGAAGUCUGCAUCACAAAAUCAAAGCCCCGCCCCUGACACCGACGAUGAGACGGAGCCUGUUUAUAUAGAGAUGGUGGGGAACAUCUUACGAGACUUCAGUCGAAUUGCCGGCGCUAAUGGCGAUGAAGAGGACGACCAAGGUGAAAGUGUGUACGAGGAGAUGAAAUACCCUGCCUUCGAUGAUUUACCUUCAUCUUUAGACCAUGCUCAGUCACGAUGGGAGCAGUGUCCCACUUCUAUGGUGCCAGAAGUCGAACUUACACGACCCACCACUCCACGUGGUUCGCUGUGUGACAUUCCCUCCCCAUUCCCGAAUCUGCUUUCCCAUCGGCCUCCUCUACUAGUAUUCCCACCUGCACCAGCCCAAUGUUCCCCCAACUCUGACGAAUCCCCUCUUACUCCAUUGGAUGUCACCAAACUUCCCAUGUUGGACAAGGUCGGGUAUGGGAAACCUGGUGCAUCCCCAACUAGCGCCGACCCUGGACCACAGCUGGAGCCGCAGCAGGUGUCUGGUAAACACCACCACCACCAUCAUCAUCAUCAUCAUCAUAAGAAGAAAUCAGCAGAGACUAAGGAGCAGCAAACAAUCACAGCAUCAGGACGGUCCUCUGCUCCACCCCUGCCAUCUGCGCUGUAUAAAAGCGGCGGGUCAUCUGCCGCGCAUGGCUACCCAAGGAGCCACUCCGCCUGCCCGUCCCCUGUCAGUAUGGGUCGUGCAUUAACGCCACUCACCCUGAAGCGCCCCCCGCCGUAUGACGCUCUCAUGACCGGGACGAUUCCUCGCAGUGCAUCUGGAGUUCAGCAUGGAUCACGUGAGAGCGGGCGGCUCUCGAAUUCCUCCAGUGUGCACGGAGGGUCCAUGCAAAACGUCUCCACUGCGUCAGGCUCAAGCUCAGGGUCGGGAGGUCGAGGCAGUCGUACGCCAACCAGUCCUUUGGAUGAGCUCAGCAACUUGUUCUCUUCCGGACGGAACAUGCUGAAGAAAGGUUCUGGAAGCCGCAAGAGUAAGGAGUCAGCGGAUGGUGAAAGUAAAGGGAGAAGUGACAGUAGGGACAGAGCCCUUCGUAGCUCUUCUCCAAAAUCACAGGAUUGGGAAACGCCCACAGGACAAUCAGCCACGCCCACAGCCACGCCCAGUCGGCUUGGCCGCUCCUCCAUCAGCCCGACCACCAUGCUCGGAGAAACAAAAGCGGGGUGUAAACUCGGACGCUCUGCAUCCACAUCAGGAGUCCCGUCCCCUGUGGGAACGCCCCAAAGACACGCCUCCGACACCUCCGCCCAUCCAUGCGGGACCCCGUUCCAGAUGCCCCCAAUGCCCUGGGCAUGUGGGGACAGCACCAUGAUGGAGAUGAUCGAGAAGAAACGUCACCUGUGCAAGGAGAUAAAAGCCAGACAGAGACCUUCAGACAAAGCCCUGUGCAAACAGGACAGCAUGCCCAUCCUGCCCAGCUGGAAGAAGACCAAUGGGGGCAAGAAAUACGGGCCCCCUCCGUACUCCACCCAAACCACUGUCUUCUGGGACACUGCUAUAUAAAGAGUGACCAGUGAACUACAGCCAUGGAGACUGAGGGGGGCGUGUCCAAAUACUGAUUGACAGCUAACAGGAAGCGGGACUGAGUGAAAGGAACAGUGAUGGAUUCUCGAAACUCCCUGGUUUCCUAUCGCUGUUAAUAUUUGAUAUUUUUAUAUUGGAGAUAAUGGUCUUAAUAUAAAAUAUGAUUUGCGGUUUUAUAAAGAGGAACUCUCGAAAUGAGAUCUUUCAGUGAAAACAGUACACAGUACACUCGAAAUGGUAUUUCUAUUUAUUUUCUAUCUUUUUUGGGGGUGUUUCUAUAUGUGGCACUCAUCUGUGUGUCUGGGGAAAUAAUCUAUAAUGUGUGGUGAAAUAUGUGCAGUAAUUCCAUUGAGAAAACACGUUGUUUUUGAUGCCUAUGCAUAUGGUUUUAUGGCAUGGACGGCGCUUUUGUUCAUUGUCUGUUUUUCCUAUGGAGAGUUUAUUUGAAAAUGCUAUAUUUUUUGGUGGUUGUAUUUUUAAAUGUUGGAUCGUGAGGUGUCAGGUUGUCGUUCCUUUGACUUCUGGGUUGGACUUGAAGGCGAUCGGCUGGAUUUUGAGACAUCAGGUCAGAUUGGAUUAUGAGAUAACUGGGUUAUUAAAGUAAAUCUCGGGCAGUUGGUCAGAUAUUGAGUGUACGGUCAGAUAAACCGCAAGGGCACUUUCUGUUUUGCGAGGUCAGCUGGUGCAUUCAAUUUGUGAGCAACUCACAAACACACACUAAUAUCAGCUGCUUGAUCGCCUAACAUUUGGUGCUUUUCAACUCCUUUAUUGAAUGUUCAACCUUAAUAGCUACAUGACAGUCAUACGCAUAAUACAACUGGUACAAAAUUAUCAUGGGCGGUUCAGAAGGAUUGCACAUGGUCAGGGAUUGGAUGAUGAAAAUUCAUAAAUCUUGUCCUCUGCCAUGUCAGAUAGUAUCUUGAAUACUGACACCGUCCUUUUAUGAAGCACUAUGCAGACAUACUGUCAGUUUACAUGCUCAUAUAUCACUACGAUAUCAGUCAAGGGCAGGCAAUAUCAUACUGAAAAGGCUCAGAAAAAAAGACCAGGCCAUCAUUUACUCUGAUCAGAUGCUGUUCAUCAAGGCUUCAUCCAUAGCUUUACCAUGCACUCAAAGAGCCAUGCUGGUGCAUUCAAGCACAUCUGAAUAUAUGUGAACUAGUUAUCAUAAGAGUUUGCGCACUAGCAAGUCAAGCACCGUUUUAACAUGGCAGGAGAUUAAAUGCCUUUCUCUGUGUAUGUCUGGAAUCAGAUCAAACAAUUUGGGGCAAGAAACAUACUAAAUGCAAGUACACAAACAAAUGCGUUGCUAACACUGGAAGUGAUUGGUUUCUUAAAGGGGAAGCUCACCCAAAAAUGAAAAUUCUGUCAUCAUUUAGUAACUCUUAAGUUGUUCCGAACCUAUAUGAGUUUCUUUCAUCUGCUGAGCACAAAAAAAUUAUAUUUAGAAGAAUGUUGGUAACCAAACAGUUGAAGGUAACCACUGACUUCCACAGUAUGGAAAAAAAUAGUCAAUGGCUAUCAUCAACUGUUUGGAGGCUGAGUAAAUCAUGUCAGAAUUGUUGGGUGAACUAUCCCUUUGAGUGUGGAAUUAAGAAAUCUCAGUAUUUAAGAAGGCAACAAACUCUUGUGAAAAAUAAAUAUAAAAUGUGUUUGAAAUAAAAUAACUAAACCUAACUUUUUUACUAGGGGAGAGCUGCAGGAACUGGCCCUAAACAUAAGAUUUUUGAAUUUCAAAUUUUUUUUUAAUGGGUUUUUGGUUAAAUGCCUGAAAUACCGUCUGUGAUUAACACAAGCUCAAGAGUUUUGUACUAAGACAUUAAAUACAGUAAUUCCCCACUAGUGAUUAUUUUUUAAAGAUUUUACGUGUCUUGAAUAAGGUGAUUGCUAACAACUAGCAGGAAAACUCACCUACUCACUUGUCCGUUUCUACAGCCUUGUUGUGUUUUAAACUCUUGCAAACUUUUCCAACCAAAACCUAAACUUAAAAGAGACCUGACCACAGAAUAAGACUGCUGAGAACAAUGUCUUCUUUCAUUAUUAAUUGUGAUGAAUUUCACUUCUCAAUAAUGUGAGAAAUCAACCAUUGUGUUCAUGUACUUGCAUUGAGUAUGUCUUGGGAACAAAAGAGAUUCACACAAAAUAGAGAAUUGCUGUAUGUCAUCAUUUACUGAAAACUCAUGUCAUUCCAAACCUGUAUGACUUCUUUCUUUUGUCUAAACAAUGAAAAACUCAAUUAGAUUGAAUGUUGUUUUGGACUUCCCGGACUUUGACUGCACAGUUGAAGCAAUUAAUUAAAAAAUAUUUUUUCUGCAUCACCAUAGAUGGAAGAAAGUCACACACAUUUGGAACGAAAAAAAAAAAAUGAGAAUGUCAGAAUUGACAUUUUUAGCUCAACUAUCCCUUUAACAUACCGGAGGGUCUAGAAAACAGAAUGUGGAUGGUUUGAGAGACGGACUGGAUUCACAGUGCCCUUUUAAAUUCAUUUGAUGUGGAAAAGCCAAUGAGCAAUGAUGAUGUUGUCAUUUAGCAAUUGGCUGGCUUUGCCGUCAGUAAUUGAAGGACCAAUACAGAUGUUUAUCUGCCAAUUAAAAAUGGCAAUUUUUGCCAUGGAGACACUGUGCUCUGUAGUUCUUUGCACUGCUGUGGGCGGGGCUGUGAUGUCAUGCAGAAGUUCUGAUUGAUGUCUGUUCAGGUGUGAUCAAGCCACACCCCUAAAGAUGGGGCCGGUUGUCUGAAGCCCCUCCCCUCACUGCCAUCCCCAUCACACAAUCCAAAUCUUCUUAUUUAAAACACAUGAAACCGACACAGAGACACUCGUCAAUGUAAAUCAUGUACACAUGCACAUAAAAUACAGGCACUUUUCAAAAAUUGUAUCUGCACAUGCUCACAUACACAUGUACAAAGCUGGCAUCCAAGUAAAAAGCAUUGCCUUGGAGACCUGGGUUCACUGUGACUUAAAAAAAGACUUUAGGGAGGGGCUUAAAGGUCAGUAGAAUGAUGUCAUAUAGGUUUGCAAUGAAAUGAAGGUAGAACAAAUCCUACUAACAUAACUAGACAUUGCAAUGAAAACACACAAAAAUGUAGUAGUUAGUGGGGAAAGGUUAAAGACCAAAAUCAGAGGGGUGCCUCAGUUCUGCAGACCCCCGGAGAUGCAGUACCAUAAUUUACCAGUAGAUGGCAGUAACAGUAUAGUGUUCUUCAUAUGCAGUGCAUUCCAGUUUACUGUGUGCUUCAAAUAAGUACUUUUGAAUUUAUUACAUUAACACACUGUGUAUUACAUUAACAUUAUAGGAACAGUUGACCCAGAAAAUGAAAAUGUACUCACCCUCAAGUGUAUAAGGUG